GAUCUUUUAGCUUUCCGUGGUUGGUGCCACCAUGGAGUGGUCAGCUUCAGGAUGGAUGAUGGUGCUCCAGCUGAAGGACCGAUGGUUCGAUGGAUCUUUUCUUAGGUCGAGGACUACAGAUCAUGGGUUCGAUAUCCAACAACAAAUGAGAUGUUCCUAAUAAUCGUGUCAUGUGGUUGGAUUCUUCCCCUUAACAGUUGUUGUUGUGUCUCUAUAAGAUGAACCGAUUAUAAAUGGAUCAAUCGAAAUGGGGAAUGGAGAUUUGGUAACGAUCGAUGAUAGGAUGAUGGAUCGAGAUCGAAUAGCUAAUCAGGAUCUUGUGCGUGCGGUAACCAACACAAAAAUGGCAUCAAAACAGCAUCUGAUCGUCCGUUUUUUGAGGGGAUCCACAUGAAAUCCACAUGCUUGGUUCUCGAUGGGUGCCCUAAGAAACAUGCAUCUAAUCUGCAAGUCAAUCAUCGUUGGUCUCCUGAUCUAUCGUGGAAGAAACGGCGACUCUGCGCCACCCCAAUUGAUUACCCGCGUGGGACCCGCCUUGACUUGGAUGACUCUACUCCUCCCUCCAAGUGCGCCUCCGCCCACGAACGAAGUAAUUGGUAGGUUUGUGGAGGAAGAAAGGGAUCGGCGCUUUGCCACAACGCCAAGUAACAGAGGGCAAAAGGAGGCGACAUCCGAAUGCUUAUGGCCAGCAUCGAGUGAGGUAGGAGACGAAGUUGGACGCAAGAGCUCGAUCUCACUAUUCCAACAGCAAAUUGGUGGGUGUCGGAGUGAGACCGACGCCAUAAGAGAGGGAGGGGAUCGCCCCCGAAAUCCCACACAAAAGAGGAUCUUGCGGCCAUGGAUGUAGAUGAUGCUCCCUCCACCCCUGGAAAGUGGAAGAUGGAGAAGCCCCACCACCGCCACCAUCCUCGCCUCCUCCUCCCCCGCUGGCACCAUUCCUAUCCCGUCUCCAAGCUCGUUUUCUGGUCCUUCUUCGCCCUCGCCCUCUUCGUUGCCCUCUUCCUCCUCUCCCCCCGCUCCUCCGCCCCGGCCCGUACCCCUGAUUCUUUUGCUUCCUCGUCGACUUCUUCCGGCGUCCGGCGCGCCGCCCUCCAGAUGGCCCCCUGGGGCGGCCCCGCGUGGGAGAAGCGCGUGCGGUCGUCCGCCCGGGUGCGGCGAAACCCCGGCGGCGCGUCCGUCCUCGUCACCGGCGCCGCGGGGUUCGUCGGGAUGCACGUGGCCGCCGCCCUCAAGCGCCGCGGCGAUGGCGUCCUCGGCCUUGACAACUUUAAUGGGUACUACGACCCGUCCCUCAAGCGCGCCCGCCAGGCGCUGCUCGACCGCGCCGGGGUCUUCGUCGUCGAGGGCGAUAUCAACGAUGGGGCGCUGCUUCGCAAGCUGUUCGACGUCGUGCCCUUCACCCAUGUCGUGCACCUUGCCGCCCAGGCCGGCGUCCGGCACGCGCUGGUUGACCCGGCGUCCUAUGUGCACUCCAAUGUCGCCGGGCUUGUCUCGGUGCUCGAGGCCGCCAAGGCCGCCGACCCCCAACCGGCCAUCGUCUGGGCCUCGUCGUCCUCCGUAUAUGGCCUCAACUCGCGUGUGCCAUUCUCGGAAGCCGACCGCACCGACCGCCCGGCGUCCCUCUACGCCGCCACCAAGAAGGCCGGGGAGGAGAUCGCCCAUGCCUACAACCAUAUCUACGGCCUCUCCAUCACCGGUCUCCGGUUCUUCACGGUCUACGGCCCCUGGGGGCGGCCCGACAUGGCCUACUUCUUCUUCACCCGUGAUAUCCUCCUCGGGAAGCCUGUGUCUAUCUUCGAAGGCCCUGGCCACGCCACCGUCGCUCGUGAUUUCACCUACAUUGAUGACAUUGUGAAAGGUUGCCUGGCGGCCCUCGACCAUGCAGGGAAGAGCACCGGCAGCGGCGGCAAGAAGCGUGGGCCGGCACCCCUCCGAAUCUACAAUCUGGGCAACACCUCCCCUGUUCCUGUAACCAAGCUCGUCUCCAUCCUCGAGCGGCUUCUCAAGGUUAAGGCGGUCAAGAAGCUUGUUAAGAUGCCCAGGAACGGGGAUGUGCAGUUCACCCAUGCCAACAUUACCUUUGCACAGAAGGAGCUCGGAUACCGUCCCACUACUGGCCUCCACACUGGACUCAAGAAAUUUGUUCGUUGGUACCUCGAAUACUACUCCAUCUCCUUGAGCAAGAAUGACAGCAAAGGUAGAAGCAUUAGUAGCUAGCUGAUGGUACGUGAGAGCAGCAGCCCGGUUGCGGUGUAAUUGAGGUGGUCAGGAUUGUUCUUCAAAUCCUUCAUAUGCUAUUGAUGUUGUCACGUAAUUUUUUCCUCUCCUUUUAAACUUCCUUCAGUUAGCCUUUUGACCAAUUUGUGGUUCUUCCUGUCGUUCUUCAAUAUUGCAUAAUGUGAUUGUCGGAGGAACUUAAGAGUCAUGUAAGGCUUCUCUACUGGCAUGGUGCAUCCUUUGCAUGACUUUCUCAUAUUCUGAACUAGCAAAGAGAACACAGUACAUGUUUUCUUUUA